AUCUUAAAAAGAAAAGAAAAACCCAACCAAAGUUCAUCCACCAAAACUCUUGUUUGACUUCCCUGAAAAAAUCGUUGGAUUCGACAAAGAUAAACCCUGGGAAUUUGAAUCGAAAAACAAGCGUUGAAGAUGACGAUGAACGGUGGUGGAACUGCGUAUUGGGGAAGAAAAGAGGCAGCAGAGGGUAUAGGAGUGAAAGGAAUAGUUGUGGUUUUUGCUUGGGUUUCGAUUCACGAGAAACACCUUCAAAGUUACCUUGAUUUUUAUUCGUUUCUCGGCUGGAAUUCCCUCGUUGCCCGUGCUGAUUUUCUCAACCUAUAUUAUCCUGAGAGGGCUAUGUCUUUGGCAUUUGUUGUUCUAAAUGAGCUUCUUGAGGAACUAAAGAUUAGAACUUGUCCAGUGGUCUUUGUCACUUUCUCGGUUAGUACCAAAGCUUGUAUGUACAAGGUUUUUCAGAUUAUUCAAGAAGCAGGUGAAGGUCGGAUUAAUCUGGAAAGGCAGUUGAUUCGAAAUUGUGUUUGUGGACAAAUCUAUGAUUCUGGUCCAGUAGAUUUUGCAAGUGAUCUGAAUGCCCAAUUUGCUUUACAUCCAUCCAUACGGAAAAUACCUGGACCAUCAAAACUUGUUUCUUGGAUCGUUAAAGGCGUUGCUUCUGGUCUCGAUGGCCUUUAUCUAACUGGGUUUGAGUCUCAGCGUGCCGAGUAUUGGCAGACCCUUUACUCCUCUGCUGACUUAGAUGCUCCAUAUCUCAUUUUAUGCUCGGAGAAAGAUGACCUUGCACCAUAUCCGGUUAUAUGCUAUUUCGCUCAAAGCUUAGAGAAUCUUGGGGCGGAUAUUGAGAUUGUAAAGUGGAAUGGCUCUCCUCAUCUAGAACACUACAAGCAUUAUCCUAUCCAAUACAGGGCUGCUGUGGCCAGUUUCCUUCAGAAGGCAACUUCGGUUUAUUCUCAUAGGAUCUGGAAACUUGGAGAAAUGAAUUGUAUGCAUGAUGAGAUCUCUGAGUUAAUCUAUGGCCUGCAGAAAGCAGCAGUUAACUCGAACCAAAGCUUUAGGAGAGUUGCCCUUGGACCUAGUGACCACUUUUUCUUGCCAAGUUCAGCCAAAUAUCACAAUAGUAAAGAGUCUGGAUCUUUAGAGGAUGAACAAAGCGAUCAACCGAUCUCUGUACCUGUACAGCCGGGUCUCAAUGCUCAUAGUGUCCUCGGUCGAAUUCUCUUUGACGCUUGUGUUCCUAAGAAUAUUGAAGGUUGGGAUGUUAGAUUUUUGGGUUCUGGUAAGGGACAGCCAUUUGCAUGUGCUCGGAGGCAUUCACAUUUCCUUGGUAUCAAGUGCAAUCGUCGUUCAAGAUUAUAAUGCUCCCAAUGAGUCAUUACCAUAGAAUGUUCGUUCGGAAAUGCUAUCAAGACAUAUUACAAGCAAAACAAACCCACCACUUAACGUUGAACGACUCGUGAUUUCUCUACUUGAGUACCGGAAACGAGGUCCAAGGACGUUUUUGCAGAAAAUUGUGUUGGUUGCCUAUUCUUCUCUUUGUGAUAUAAUCCUCUGGCAAAAAGUGUACAGGUAGUGUACGGACCAUAUUUACUAUAUCGUAUAUGAGAAUAUAUGUAUAGGUCUGUAUAUAUGUAUUAUAUGUACAAAAAAGGGUCGUCAACUGUGCUUGAGUUUCGGAAUUCUAAGAUGUGAAUACUAUAUA